AGAUAAGUCGUUCGCUGUGUUAUCUAGUCCGUUAAAACGCCCACUUGUUCUGUCCGCACGGUUAGUUCUGUUUCAUCGUUCAACAUGAAAACUUGUACUAUUUGCCUGGUUCUACUGUUCAGUUCUUGUAACGCAACGGUCUCCAAAGUAUGGAGACACAACUUAAACUACGACAAUCCUCUGAACUGGCAAUCGCAAAGAGUUCCUCAACCUGGACGAGAUGUCUACCUUCCGGCAAAGCUGAACUCCAUCGUGAAACUUCCCACUACCGUCAACGUGGCCUCGAUAACCCUCCCCCUGAAAGGGGCACUACUCAUCCCGGACAGCGACUUCUCGAUGGUGUUCCAAAGUGGCCAUAGAUCUCAGGAUUCUGCGAGUUUCAACGCACCACCCCGAAGACCGUACUACUCGACCUCAAAUUGGCGCACCUUUACCGAUCCAGGUAGCAAAGAACUGCAGCACAACAGUGCCAUCCCACAUACGGAACGUAUUCCGUGCCAGUACGAGACAGCCAACUUCCCGGACGCUCCAGGUCCCGUUGACCUCCAAUACCACGAAGCUAUCGAGCUUAAAGACGUCGUUUUCGGUAGUGCGCAAGGAUUGGACGAGUUUCGCGCCUUCCUGCCCACCGAACUGGGCCAGAUGGUCUUCCUGAACGCCGAUGAAACCAUUACGAGGGAGGGCAAGUGUUCAAACCCGGACAAGUGCAAAUGCCAACCGGAUUGGAUCACGAAUGGUGGCGUCAUCUGCGACAACGAGGUGUGUCCGAUUCCGCGCUGCGUCGAUCCGAUCGUACCCAGCGGUCACUGCUGUGCCGUUUGUGGCAGUAUGCUGACGAUGGAUUUGACCAACUUUGACGGUCACUUUGUGAAGAAGGUCUUUGUCGAAAAGUUGGACCAGAAGAUCAAGCUGUCCGAUGUGGACAUUUCAACGAUUGAUUACCACGUGGGUAUCCAGAACGAUGCCCUUCAGUUGGUUAUCCUGGAUAAGGAAGAGUACGAUGGAAGAAGCGUUCAGUUGAUGAAGAGUUUGGAUCCGUUCUUCGUUAAGAACUUCCGCGACGGUCACAUCGUGCUCAGCGCAGGACACCCCUACAUGCCGUACGAAAGUGGCCAACUAUUCUUCGCCGUGUUCUUCUCCCUCCUCGUGGUCUCGAUCUUCUUCACCACCCUGUACGUCUACUACUACGAUGACAGCGUGGUCCCCCGGGUUACGGCCAUGAUCCGCAGCAGGCGAUUCUUCACGUCACCGUUCGUAUUUGCGAGAUUCGAUCCGAACCGCGAGAACGGGGAAUCGACGCUGGAUAUCAACUUUGCCGCCCCGUCCGGCAUCGAGAAUCUCAACUCUUCGUUCAACAAUCCGAUGUUUGAUGAGGGUGCGACGGCGGGAGGGUCUCCGGGGGAGGAAAAAGGUCCGGUUGAUGAGCAGCCAUACGUGGAUGUUGAGUUGAAGAGUCAAGAUUGAAUUUCUUGAGUUAAAUAACUAUUAUUAAACACAAGCAAAACCCGACAUAUUUCGUCUUGUCUUUUAUUUCGUUUCUUGACGUUUUUAGCUUGUUUGCUUAUUCAGCCUCCUGUGAUCAAAAUUUGAUAUUACCUAACUUUUCCCAUACAAUCAGCAUAUUAUCCGGAAUCGGUUCCAGAGCGGCCAAAGUUGUCACCUUUUGGCGAAAGGACCUUUCUUGGACUUAAACGAACCCAACGCAACAAAGAGCACCUCGAACCGACGCUACGCAUUGAACUGAUUCGCGAUCGAACAAAACCGUCGAAGAAGAUAAAUCAUGUUAUUAAUAUCUGACGAGUUAUUGACAGGGGAUGACGUUUAUUCGGGGAAUGAAAAGUGGAUGGUAUUUAUAGACAAAGCCUACUGCGUCUAAUGCUAUAUCGCAACUAUAUAGAUUCUAAAAGAGGUAUUUAGGGAUUGUCUUCCAACAAAAUCAAUUUUUGUAACUAAACCGACCAUUUUUAAAGGAUAUUUACUGAUAUAUGAAUAAUA